AUGAAGAGAUAUUUCUCUACGGUAUCGUCCAAGUUUCCACAACCAAGUUCAUCCGCUCAAAAUGUUCCUCGUGUGGAAGAAAACUUGAACCAGUUAGAAGAAAAUCAUCAUUCUGCUAAAAAACAAAAGCAAGGAGUAGAUUUGGAUUCUCUACCAGCAGAUCCAAAUAAAAGAAUACCCAUUUUGGACUAUCAUCCAGAUGAACGUGAUGAGAUUAGACGAGCAUAUAUCCAAAGGGGUCCUCAUCAACCUCGACUUCCUAGGUUUCCUCAAACAGAUUUUUACGGAUAUAAACGUCGUUUUAAUCGUAAAUGGUAUAAAAAAUAUCAUGAUUGGUUGGAGUAUAGUGUGAUAGAAGAUGCUGCUUAUUGUUUGUGUUGUUAUUUAUUUAAAGAUGAAAGCAUUCAUCAAGGUGGAGGCGAAGCAUUUUCAAGUAUAGGGUUCAAGAGUUGGCACAAAAAGAAAAGAUUAGAUACGCACGUUGGUGAGUUGAACAGUGAUCACAACCAAGCAAAGAAGAAGUGUGAAGAUCUAAUGCGACAAGAACAGUCAAUUCAAGUUGCGUUUGUAAAGCCGGAUAAUAAAGCUAAGCUUGAGCACAAAAUUCGUUUAAAGGCUUCAAUUGAGGUGGUGAGACUCGUCUUGAAUCAAGGAUUGGCAUUUCGUGGACAUCGUGAAGAUGAAUCAUCAUUAAACAAGGGUAACUUUCUUGAACUACAAUGGAGGCAUCCUAUUUGA